AUGGCUUCCUCACCAACACUGUCUAAUCGCAUCCCCCCAAUCCUCAUUCUCUCAAUCCUCACAAUCUUCGGCCUCGACGCGCUCCUUCUGCAACUCAACCGUAAUGGCUACACAGACAUGCUCUCCAGCAUAACCCGCGAUCCCCUCCCUCGCUUCUUGCCCGAUACAGAUAGACUACUCCUCAAGCAAUACACUGGCUUUAAACCGCUGGAUGAUUUCUUUGCUAUGAGUAAUGUUAUCUGGGCGAAUGUCACCGAUGGGUCUAGGCCCGAAUUGUCGCUUUUUACGUUUUGCUUUGGUGGACAGCUUAUUGCUACGUUUAUGGUGUUUAUCAUUGAAGGGUCGAGAACGGUUGGUUUGGCGCCUGUUGUACUAAAUGGUGCCGUUUGGUUAUGGCUUGUGCAGUCGUUGGGCUUCGGCUUCGUCGCACCGCUAUACUACGCCGUCCAUCUCUUCUGGACAUCCAAAGCAUCUUGGGCAGAAAACGUCCAUGUGAGAGAUUAUCUCAGUCUUCACACUGUCGUCCCGUCAAUUCUGCUAGGCUACAUCGUACCUGUCAUUUUCAUGGUGUAUCCUUUCUCCAACUACAAUGUUAGACAGUGGUCUAAUGCUGUUUGGUCCAUGGCUCCGUUCUACAUUUUCGCUCUGCAGAUUGUUUUCACGGGUCUGCUUAAGAGAUUGAGUGUUGGACAGGAUGCGAAUAAACCCAAGGUUGUCCUUGAUAAAGCUGCUCUGCGUCACGCUUACAGCUUUGCGUGGAAUAUUGCGGUCGUGAGCCAGAUAACCACAUACGUCGUCCUCCUCACAUCAUCAUUCCUCCCCAAGAACCUCGCAUCAGCACUCACAGCGUCCAAAGUCUUUGUGCCUGAUGCAGCACCGCAUUCCUACACACCCAUGUCCAGCGCCGCAGCAGCAAUCCACAAUUUCCUCAUCUACGAUUUCGCGACGGGUUCGCUGGCGGGACUUGUUUGGGGCGUGCAUCAGCUUUUGGAGGUGAAGCCCGAGUUGAAGGUUGGUGAGGAGAGGAUGGGGCUUGUUAGGGGUGUUGUUAGGAGUUUGUUGCUUUCGGGACCGGGUGGUGCGCUUGUUGCGGUUAUGCAGCAUCGGGAUGAGAGUGUGCUUAGUGCUGAGGCUAAAGCUGGGAAGAUGCAGUGA